AUGACAGCUACUUUGAUCGACGGGAAGGCAAUUGCCAAGGAAAUUCGCGAGGAAAUUCUCCGUGACAUCCAGCAAAUCAGAAAUGAAAACUCCAGCUUUAAACCUACUUUGGCCAUUUUUCAGGUCAGCGACCGUCAAGACUCGUCUACAUAUGUGAGGAUGAAGAGAAAAGCUGCUGAAGAAGCCGGUAUUGAGGUUAUUUUCGUGCAUUUGCCCGAAGACGUCGAGGAACGGUCUUUGAUCGCGCAGAUCGAGGAAAUGAACCAGGAUCGCAGUGUUGAUGGGAUCUUGGUUCAAUUGCCGCUACCUAAGCACAUUGACGAAGAUAAAGUCACUUCUGCCGUGAUGGCGCAGAAAGACGUCGACGGAUUUGGUCCUUUCAACAUUGGAGAGCUGAACAAACGUAACGGUAAACCUUACUUCCACCCAUGUACGCCCAAGGGAAUUAUCGAGCUCUUGGAUAGAAGCGGUGUUCAAAUUGCGGGCUCUCGCGCUGUUGUCAUCGGAAGAUCCGACAUUGUUGGUGCCCCUGUCGCAGAAUUGCUCAAAUCUCGCGACGCAACCGUGACAGUGCUACAUUCUAAGUCCAAAGACAUCCCGCUCUACGUCUCCACCGCAGACAUUAUCGUCGUUGCGAUCGGUAGAGCUGAUUUUGUCAAGGGCGAAUGGUUCAAGGGCAAUAAAAACGCUGUUGUCAUUGACGUCGGUACUAACUACGUCGAAGACACGUCUAAAAAAAGCGGCUAUAGGUGUGUCGGAGACGUCGAGUUUGACGUGGCACGCGAACAUGUUGAACUGAUAACACCCGUUCCCGGCGGAGUCGGCCCAAUGACCGUUGCCAUGCUGAUGCGCAAUUGUUUGGACGCCGCGAGAAGAUCGCUACAAGGAGAUGACAAACCUGCGUUUGCACCUCUGCCUCUAAACUUGUUGAAACCAGUGCCUUCAGAUUUCGAAAUUUCCAGAGCUCAGAAACCCAAGGAGAUCACACAAGUUGCCUAUGAAGCCGGUAUCUUGGCCUCGGAACUUGAACCCUACGGGUCCACGAAAGCCAAAGUCAAGCUUGAUAUCCUAGACCGUUUGAAGUCUAGAGAAAACGGUAAGUACGUUUUGGUCACGGGUAUUACACCUACCCCGCUCGGUGAAGGUAAGUCCACUACUACUGUUGGUUUAGCGCAGGCGCUGGGUGCUCACUUAAAUAAGACUGUUUUUGCCAACGUUCGUCAGCCUUCCAUGGGACCUACUUUCGGUAUCAAGGGUGGUGCUGCUGGCGGUGGUUACUCGCAAGUCAUUCCUAUGGACGAGUUCAACUUGCAUGUUACUGGUGACAUUCACGCCAUUUCCAUGGCCAACAACCUUCUAGCUGCUGCGAUCGACACACGUAUGUUCCAUGAGACAACUCAAAAGGAUGCGGCCCUCUAUAAGAGACUGGUACCAACUAAACGAGGCAUCAGAAAGUUCACCCCAACCAUGCUCAGAAGACUUAAGAAGCUAGGCAUCGAGAAACAGGACCCAAACACUCUAACCCCCGAAGAAGUCACCCGUUUUGCGCGUCUAGAUAUUGAUCCAGAAACUAUUACAUGGAGAAGGGUGGUGGAUUGCAAUGACAGAUUUCUAAGAGGUAUUACAGUCGGAGAGGCACCAACAGAACGUGGCUUCACCAGAAAGACCGGCUUCGACAUUUCUGUUGCUUCUGAGUGUAUGGCCGUAUUGGCUUUGGCCAACUCACUUCCUGAUAUGAGAGAGAGACUGGGCAAUAUCGUCGUGGCCGCUUCCAAGGCUGGUGAGCCUAUCACCUGUGAAGACAUCGGAUGUGCAGGUGCUAUGACUGCGCUUCUCAAGGAUGCCAUCAAGCCAAAUAUCAUGCAAACGCUAGAGGGAACCCCCGUUUUCGUUCACGCUGGGCCUUUCGCAAACAUCUCCAUUGGGGCAAACUCUGCUUUGGCUGACAAGAUGGCUUUGAAGCUUGCAGGUGUUGACAAAGCCCUUUCACCAGAACAAAGACGUGAAAAACAAGGCUACGUCGUCACAGAGGCCGGUUUCGACUUCACCAUGGGUGGAGAACGUUUCUUGAACAUUAAAUGCCGUUCUUCUGGCCUUGUGCCGGACGUGGUGAUUAUUGUCGCCACUGUUAGAGCGCUCAAAGUACACGGUGGAGGCCCUGAAGUCAAGGCAGGCGCUCCUUUGCCCUCUGAAUACUUAAACGAGAACGUCGACUUGCUCAGAAAGGGCUGCGCUAACUUGGCUAAACACAUUUCUAACGCCAAGGCCUACAAUUUACCGGUACUUGUUGCAAUCAACAGGAUGUCAUCGGACUCUGACCGCGAACAUGAAGUCAUCAGAGAGGAAUCGCUCAAAGCCGGUGCGGUGGACGCCAUCGUCUCUAACCACUGGGAGGAAGGUGGACAGGGUGCUAUCGCCUUGGCACAGGGUGUCGUCGAUGCCUGCGAGGCCACCAACCAGUUCAAGUUCUUGUAUGAGACCAAAGGUGUUUCAGUCGAGGACAAAAUCCGCACCAUCGCCACCGAGAUGUAUGGCGCUGGUGACGUCGAAUUUCUAACCGAAGCGCAAAAGAAAAUUGACCUCUACACGAAGCAAGGCUUCGGUGAUCUCCCUAUCUGUAUUGCCAAGACCCAGUACUCUUUAUCGCACGAUGCAAACCUCAAGGGUGUCCCAACGGGCUUCACAUUUCCUAUUCGCGACGUGAGAGCGUCGGUCGGCGCUGGAUAUCUCUACGCGCUUGCUGCAGAGAUUCAAACUAUUCCAGGGUUGCCAACGCAUUGCGGUUUCAUGAAUGUGGAGGUCAAUGACGAUGGAGAAAUCGACGGAAUGUUUUAA